AAAUUAGGCGUUUUGGGUUUAAAUAAUUCAUAGACCACGAACAAUUUGACCGGUUUAGCGUUGUGUUUUGUUCCCACAGUCUGACAUUGUUUCAGUGUAUCUGUAACCUUGGCGGUGGGGGAUGGGCGGCAGCAUAUUUGACUAAAAAUCCGUUGUUCUAUUACCGUUUACACUUAAAAAAUCGUUUUAAAAUACAGGUUGUCGUGUCGUAUUAAUAUACUUUCAAGCGUCUAACAUUUGGUAAUGGUUUCUGUAAGAAAAUCCUUUAAUCAGUGUAUUUCAAGUGUCCUCUAAAAAAGUAAUAAUUCUGAUUUGAAAACCUAGGCGAGAUUUGUUAGUAAUUAUGACCUUUUAUUAUAACAAGCAAAGAUUUUAGGGAAAUCAGACGUGUUUUCGGUGUUGUAGAUGAUUUUGGCUUUGGUAGUUAGAGCUCGACGCUGGCCUAAAUGCGGUAAUCUCUUUUUUUCUAGGAUUUUGUGUACAAUUUUAAUGUAACUCGUAUAUUUACAUAACCUCUGACCAAUUUAAGUGAGUUUAAACAUAUUUUUGUGGUAAUCGUGUUGUAACUACUGCGUGUCGUCGUUUGAAAAACCAAAGUUGCUGCGUCAUUUUAUGGAGGGCACUCCUUGUCGGCCAUGUUGGAUCGACACAGAGGGCAUCGCCUUUUUUGUUUGCUUGUUUUAAUAUUGGGUCUGAGUUUGCGACUUGUUUUCUUACACUGUGUUAAAAAGUCGAGUUUUUAAUGAGACGUAUCAUUUUGUUUAUUUUAGGCCGGUUUGCCGUUUUCGUUACUUCCUACUGUACAUCACGAGGUGGCCGAGUUUAGAUGCUGGGGCUUUUAUGUGGUAUUUUUGUGAUUUUUCAGGCAGUGUAUGUGUGCGUGCCGCAUUUGUCUGUUACGCGUGACUGAUCGGCUGAGCCAAUGGGGUGUCUCCAACCUGCUCUCGAGGAGCGCGCCUUAGUUCUGAGCAGCCAAUCAGCGAAGUGUGUUGACGUAACACAAAACUGUUGAGAAACGCAGCGUUACUGGAAAUGUUACCGCGUGUUUGAGUGUUUUAAAUUAUUCGCGGAAAUGUUUGACUGAAUGUUUGUCUCAUAUCUAUAGCAGUGGCGUUGCUUAGGCAAGUGUUUUUUGCGAAAUAAUCUGAUUUAAAUCCGCAAAUCGUGCUCCGGGGGAUGUGUGGGUGUGGCCUAUUUGAUUGACAGCUAGAGCGGCCAGUAGAAUUCGCGUAGGCGUGUACGUAUGGCGUUACAUCAGCCAAUGGAGCCGUCGAUGGGUUUAUAAAAACACGGGCGGAGCCUCAACGUCGCCAUUUCAUUGUAGCUCUGAGCUGGAGAAUAGAGGAAGUCAGGAAAACAGGGCCAAGAAACUCCGAUCCGCGAACGAAACCGGUUUAUAAACAGAAUCCGGAUCCAUCCCGAUGGAGACGGCCAUUAGCCCGCCCUUUGACAGCUCUCUGGGCGGGGGCGACGGCAUGCAGGGGGUCAUCAUGAUGGAGCAGACCAUCUCCACUCCCGGCAAACGCAUCCGCAAGCCGUCGCUGCUGUAUGAGGGGUUUGAGGGACCUGCUCUGCCCCAGGUGCCUCAAUUCGGGCCCCCUCAACCCCCUGUUCAGGACCCCGCUCGACAGGGCCGCAUGACCAACCAACUGCAGUUCCUCCAGAAGGCUUUGCAUAAGACGUUGUGGAGGCAUCACUUCGCCUGGCCUUUCCAUGAGCCGGUGGACGCUACCAAGCUCAACCUGCCUGAUUAUUACAAAAUCAUUAAACAGCCCAUGGAUAUGGGAACUAUCAAGAAAAGACUGGAACACAAUUAUUACCGCAGUGCCAGCGAGUGCUUGCAGGAUUUCAACACCAUGUUUACCAACUGCUACAUCUACAACAAGCCAACAGAUGACAUUGUCCUGAUGGCUCAGUCUCUGGAGAAGGCUUUCCUGCAGAAGGUCGCACAGAUGCCCCAAGAGGAGGAAGAGAUUCCUGCACCUGUCCCGAGGGGCAAACAGGGCAAACCUAAAAAAGGCCACAAAUCAAACUCAGGUGGAUUCACGACAGCUCAUCAGGUCCCUGCUAUAUCUUCCGUGUCCCUGUUGGCCUACUCCCCUCCCACUCCAGACACCCCAGACUCGGUCUUCUCCACCCCACCGCAGACGCUUAUAACCAAGACUUUGCCUCCCACUUCACACAGCACCCCUGCAUUGAUGGGCCUACCUCCUACCCAACCGACUGCAAAGAAAAAGGGUGUCAAGCGCAAGGCAGACACGACCACCCCCACCACCACAGGCAUGCCGCUCACUAUGGGUGUAAGUGGCUUGGGUCUCGGCAUGGGCGGAGGUGACUCCCUGCUCACCCUCUCUGCUUUGAGUGCCGACCCCAAACAGAGCCUAUCCCUCGGCCUUGGCAUGGGCAUGGGAAUGGGCCUUGCUGGAGGCCUGGUUGGAGACAAAGUACCGGCAAGACGAGGUGGCAGUGGCAGGCCCAUCAAACCACCACGAAAAGACUUGCCGGACUCCCAGAACCAACAUCAGCCGGUGCGGCGCGGGAAGAUGAGCCAGCAGCUACGGUACUGCAGCACGAUUCUCAAAGAGCUGCUGUCGAAGAAGCACGCGGCCUACGCCUGGCCCUUCUACAAGCCGGUGGAUGCUUCCUCACUGGGACUGCACGACUAUCAUGAUAUAAUCAAAUAUCCCAUGGAUCUAAGCACAAUUAAGAGGAAAAUGGAUCAUCGGGAGUACAGGGAUGCAUUGCAGUUUGCUGCUGACAUCAGGCUAAUGUUCUCAAACUGUUACAAGUACAAUCCCCCAGAUCACGAUGUGGUGGCCAUGGCUCGAAAAUUACAGGAUGUCUUUGAGUUCCGCUUCGCCAAGAUGCCAGACGAGCCCCUGGAGUCCCACCCACCUGCGUCCCUGGGUGGCGGCCUGGGCAGUCACUCCUCCUCUUCCUCCUCCUCCUCCUCCUCGUCAUCAGAGAGCGACGCGAGCAGCGAGAGUGAGAGCGAGAGCAGCCCGAGCUCGGACAGUGAGGAGGAGAGAGCGCAUCGCCUGGCCCAGCUUCAGGAACAGGUGUGUACACAGUUGAGGGCGGUGCACGAGCAGCUGGCCGCGCUCUCCUCUACACCCAUCAUCAAGCCCAAGAAGAAGAAAGAAAAGAAAGACAAGAAGAAAAAGAAGAAGCCGGAGAAACACAAGCGGGCCAGGAGUAUGAUGGAGGAUGAGGUACUCGUCCGGCCGGCGAAAACGCCAAAACCCUCCAAGACGCCAAAGAGCAGGAGCAACAGCAAAGCAGCGAGCUCCACUCAGGGCAAGAAGGGCUCCAAUAAGAAGAGCAGCAAGAGCAAAUCCUCAAAGAAAUCUCAAGCCCCCUCUUUUAACUCUCACCAAAUGAGCCAAGGCGGUCUUACGCCACACUACGACUCUGAGGAGGAAGAGGAGACCAGCCCCAUGAGCUACGAUGAGAAGCGGCAGCUCAGUCUGGACAUCAACAGGCUGCCGGGCGAGAAACUGGGCCGCGUCGUUCACAUCAUCCAAUCACGAGAGCCCUCGCUGCGUGACACCAACCCCGAGGAGAUCGAGAUCGACUUUGAGACGCUCAAGCCAUCCACGCUGCGUGAGCUGGAGCACUACGUCAUGAUGUGCUUACGCAAGAAACCACGGAAACCUAGCGUGUCUGUCAAAGGCACUGCAGGAAAAUCCCGUGAGGAACUGGCUCUGGAGAAGAAGAGAGAGCUGGAGAGACGACUGCAGGACGUCAGCGGCCAGCUCAACUCCGCCAAGAAACCACAGAAAACCAAAGUGGAGAAGCCCACUGGGGUGGAGGCUCAUGCCGUGGCGUCUCGUCUCAGCGCCAGCAGCUCCAGCUCAGACUCCUCCUCCUCAUCCUCCUCGUCCUCCUCCUCUGACACCAGUGACUCGGACUCAGACUGAAAGAACGGACAUCAAAUAAAACAUGCACUCCAUCCCAGAAUAGAAUAGAGUUCUGCUCUUAAUAACAGUAACUGAUGAGAUAUUUAAAGAAGAGCAGUGUUUCUCUUUAGAUGUAGAAGCAGGUCAAAGAGAAUUCUGGGAAAUGUUGGAUGGAGAAGGAACAAAGCAGACCAAGGCAUCGUCCUUUCUGUUAGUCCAUCCUUCUUUACUUUGUGUAUAUACAUGUACAAAGAUAUAUAAAUAUCUAUUUUCUUUUAUAAAGAAGAAUUUUAAUCAAUUCCCUGGUAGGGAAGAAAACAAAAAUCUGACUUUUUCUUUUGUGAAUAUUUUGUUGCUUUCUCUUUCCAUCUUUUCGUUUGACCCUUUAGUAGUUUGUCCUAAAGAAAACAAAAGGCUUGGAGUGGAAACUGCUGUCACUUUUGUUUGCAUGAGCGAGUGUGUGUGAUGUGUGCCACUGAAUCCCGUGGUUUCCUCUUUACACACUUUGCACAUACAUGGAUGUGUUGUGCUUGUUGUGCAUUUGAAUGAAAAAACAAAGCUCCACCUGUUCAAAUGGCAUCUGUACACCCAGAAGUUAUGAGAACAGGGAAUGCACCCGUCUCUGUCCGAUGGGCGAGCUGUUGUCUUUAGUGGCGUGUUUAAACUUGAAUCUGAUAACUUUCCACCCAGCCUGCUUUAUUCCCUGUGGUCAAAUGAAUAAGUUCAAAUCUCCAGUGUUUUAUAUACAAACAUGCAGAAUCUUGCUCUUUGAAUUAAGAUGGGCCACAUGAGCAUUUGGUUUAUUUUUGGAUGCAUAAAUUAUUUUUGUGUUCAUGUGGUUUCGGUCUCGAUUUCUAGAGCAUAACAGAGUCUUAGAUGCACUAUGAGAGGUGCACAGCUGCUUAAUUAGGUGUUGAUGUGAAUACUGUUUGUAAAUCUUGAUUUUUGAGUUUAAGUCUGGUUUUGUUUUAGUGUGUUUAUUAUUAUUCGCACAGAGAGUUAAUGCACAAUUUAUGGUUUUAACAAAGUGACCCUCAUAUUUAAAAAUUAAAUACUUGGAAAUAUAGGUUCAGUUUCAUAACACAACAUUAACAACCAAAUUUGACGUUUGUAUUUUUAAUUUUUUUUUUCUUCCAAAAUUUGUACAUAUGUAACAGUUUCAUGACCUCGCAGCUUGCAUCUGUCAAUAUGACCUGAUUUCUGUUCCCUGCAUUAUUUUUUUCUUUGUUUUCUACUGUCUUCAGCUCUUCUCUUUAGUAUUGUGGCUGUUUUUUUCCACAGCUCGUUGUGUGUUUUUUUUUUAAGAAGGCAACAGCAAAACAUAGCCAUGAAAUGAAACCUCAAGCUGUAAGCAUCAUCUCAACCGAUGCUUCAUGCGAUCAUUAUUCUCAUCUGAAAAAUGUCACGUUAAUAAAGAGGAUGAGAUAUCCUUAAAACAAA